CGACUCUAAAAUACUCUCUUCUCUUCCUCCUCCACCAGCUAUUCAAUAUACUCAGCGAGGACGUAGUCAGCAGCAGCAGCAGAAAGUGAAGCAGAGAGAUGGGGAAAAUGCAAGUCCUGGGUGUAGUAGCGGUGAUAUUAGCAGUGUGCUGCGUUCAUGCGAAGGUUUACUUUCGGGAGGAGUUUCUGGACGGUGAUGAAUGGAGAAGUCGCUGGGUGAACUCCAAACACAAGUCUGACUACGGAGAGUGGAAACUAACAGCUGGCAGCUUCUAUGGAGAUGCUGAGAAAGACAAAGGUCUGCAAACAAGCCAGGAUGCUCGUUUCUAUGCCACCUCUGCCCGCUUUGAGCCUUUCAGCAACGAGGGCAAGCCUUUGGUCGUUCAGUUUACAGUUAAGCAUGAGCAGAAGAUCGACUGUGGUGGUGGCUAUGUGAAGGUCUUCCCCACUGAUUUGGAUCAGACUGCAAUGCAUGGAGACUCCUCAUACUACAUCAUGUUUGGCCCUGAUAUCUGUGGCUACAGCACCAAGAAAGUCCACGUCAUCUUCAAUUACAAGGGCAAGAAUCACCUCAUCAAGAAAGAGAUUAAGUGCAAGGAUGAUGAGCUGACCCACAUGUACACGCUGAUCCUGAAUCCUGAUCAGACCUAUGAGGUGAAGAUCGAUAACGAGAAGGUAGAAUCUGGCAGUCUGGAGGAAGACUGGGACUUCCUGCCUCCUAAGACAAUUAAGGACCCCGAUGCCAAGAAGCCAGAGGACUGGGAUGAUCGUGCCAAGAUUGAUGAUGAUGCUGACACCAAGCCCGAGGACUGGGACAAAGCUGAAAACAUUCCAGACCCUGACGCUAAAAAGCCUGAAGACUGGGAGGUGGAUAUGGAUGGAGAGUGGGAGCCACCCAUGAUCCCUAACCCAGAGUACAAGGGAGAAUGGAAACCCAAACAGAUUGAAAACCCCAACUACAAAGGAACAUGGGUGCAUCCUGAGAUCGACAAUCCUGAAUACAGUGCUGAUUCAAACAUCUACAAGUUUGACAAAAUUGCUGUUUUAGGCCUUGAUCUUUGGCAGGUGAAAUCUGGUACCAUCUUUGACAACUUCCUGAUCGGCGACGAUGUGAAGGAAGCGGAAGACAUUACAAUGGAGACAUGGGGUGUGACAAAGGAGCCAGAGAGGAAAAUGAAACAGGAGCAAGAUGACCUGAACCGAAAGGAAGAGGAGGCGAAGACCAAAGAACAAGACACCGAAGUCGAUGAUGACGGUGACGGUGAAGAUGAUGAUGAAGACAUGGAGGAUGAGGAAGAAACAACGGACGAUGGAGAGAAGGCCUCUUCAGAAAGAGAUGAAGAGGAAGCAAAUCUUCAAGAUAAAGAUGAGCUUUGAGGAGGUGUGGCCAGAGAUUUCUUCUGUCCCUCCUUUAGAAACUCUGUUUUGUAUUUCCCAGGGGUAUUGUGGCUGCUGUGCAUCCUUUCCCUGAGAUUCGGACGCAAUCUAAUUUGGGGUGCAAAAAUGGUGAAGGGGUCAAGUGGAUGUUAAUGGACUUAGUUUUUCUUUAAUUUUGGUCAUGAUAUUACCCUGUUGCCCCUGAAAUGCUUGAGUGAUUCUAAGGUUUUCCACCGACAAAGUCCAUUCCUCAUUUUGUAACAGAGAAUAAGGAGGCACUGACACCUACUGUUUUCUUGACUUUCUUGGAUCUAUACAUCUACGUUAUUUGCAGAUUCCCUUGCACAGGUUGCACAGUUAACCAGAAGCUCUGAAAUGACACAUUGCCAUUCAGAUUUUAACUUAAUUUCCUCUUGCAACCUGGUGAAACAAAAGAUGCACAUAACUGAACAUGUAAUGCAUAAGACUUACUGCAAACAACAACCAAAAAAAAACACACAAAAUACAGAUAAAUCAAGAUUGUAAUGGAACUUAUUUUGGUUUUCUGUAGCACUGACUUUUUAUUUUAUUUUCCACACAGUCAAUUGAAUGAAGUUUUUAGACAUGAUUUAAUCUUCAUCUAAGUGCACAAUGAAAUAGUUUUUCUACAUUGAAAUGGCAUGAAUGUCUUCAUGGUAAUGUGAUGGAACCUGCAUUAUAUCCCAAAAGUCUGGAGAAACAGAUGGUGAGCCCCUGGUGUGACUCAUGACAUCACUAAGGGUCACACACCUUAUUUUUAUUGGACAGAAUGUUAUUGAUACCAAAGUUUUUAUUAAAAGAUUAUAACCUUA